GGAAUUUUCAUUUUCAUUUCGCACCGAACGGCGCAGCAGUCCAGAACAAAAGUCGGGAAAUUCAAAAUCGGCAAACGGAGAAUUGUUAUUUUUUCGCCAGAUUCGCAAAAAAGUUCGCCAAGGGAAAGGGAAAGCAAUGAAAAUGUCGCUAAAAUGCAAAUGCAGCUAAAAGUUAUCGAGUAGUUGUGUGUGUGUGUGUGCCCCCCGUCGAUUGAGCGCGUGUGUGAGUGGGCUUUUUAUCGAUCACACUCCGCCGCUCUUCUUCCGCCUCCUUUCCUCCCCUGCGACCCCCUCCCCCUCUCUACCGCUCUCUCCAAUUAAAUUUCAAAGCUGAAAAUCGGAAAAUUAUACAAUUGCAUUCGCAAAUUACGACGUAUACACGUACAGCACCCCCGAAAAUCUCGCCAAAACGCAAAAUCAAAGUCAACAGAAAAAGCAAAAAAAGAAAAGCAAGGAAAAUCUAAGAAGGAAAACAAACAUUUUCUAGUGACCUCAGCUGCAGCUGCAAGUGCAAGUUAAAAAUACGCAAACAAAGCGGAAAUGGGCGAAGAAAAUAACUAAAAAAAACAGCACAAAUAGUAACGGUUAAGUUGGCACAAAAACUAAUAUUUACUCGAAUACAGGCAGCCCACGCCUUUUAUCGCUAGUGAAUUUAUGAAUUUAUCAAACUAAAACGAAAACAAAAACAAAAACUCAAUAACAAUUGACACACACCGACGCACACACACACGCACGCACACUUCAAGUGCAGUGGGAGAACCCAAGCCCCAAAAAAGAGAGCGCGCGAGAUAAACAGUUAAGCUCUCCCUCUCCCUUUGCUCCCCCUUGGCUUUUGGCAUUCGCACGCGGGCAGCGAAUCUAAGCGGACGUUCCUCCUGCUCCUCCUGCUCCUUCUUUUUCAACUCCACCAGAGGAGAAGAAACCGCGUGUGUUGCUUAAAGGUUAAAUACCGUAACUACCAUGGUGGAUAUCAACAGUUCAAAUCCGGGGAAUGUGGGUGGAAAUUCCGCCUCCUCGGCGAGAUUAAGGAGAUUCGAGAGGACAGAUAGUGAACUAGCCUGUGAAGAGGCAGCUAGGCUAACGGCGGAACAGAGUCCCGAGGAUGAGGAUAAUCAGGAUAACGAGGAGGAUGAGGACGAAGACGAGGAGAGUGUCUAUGGAGAGCUACCCCCUCCGCCGGACGGAGGCUAUGGGUGGGUCAUCUGCUUCGCCAGCUUCAUGUGCAACAUGAUUGUGGAUGGAAUAGCCUACACAUUUGGCAUCUUCCUGGAGGAAUUCGUGGCCUAUUUUCAUGAAGGCAAGGGAACAGUGGCCUGGGUGGGCAGUCUCCUAUCCGGAGUCUAUCUAAGUGCCGGUCCCAUUGUCUCCGCCUUGGCCAAUAAAUAUGGUUGUCGGGCAGUCUGCAUAGCUGGGAGCAUCAUCGCCUGCAUCGCCUUCGUUUUGAGCACCUUUAGUUCAAGUGUGAGCAUGCUGAUGGCCACCUAUGGUUUCAUGGGAGGAUUUGGCUUUGGAAUGAUCUACCUGCCUGCAGUGGUGGCCGUGGGUUACUAUUUUGAAACCAAGAGGAGCUUGGCUACUGGAAUAGCCGUUUGUGGUUCUGGAUUCGGCACCUUUGCCUUUGCUCCUCUGGCCACCUAUCUCCUGGAGGAAUACGGCUGGAAGAACGCCCUGCUCAUCUUUGCCGGUCUAAUCCUCAACUGCGCCAUCUUUGGAGCCAUGAUGAGGCCUUUAACUUAUCCGAAGAAAAAGAAACAGAAGCCUCUGAUGCAGAGGAUGUACGAAGAGAAGCAACUGCAGUUAGAACGGGGUUCCUUUGCUGGUUCCCACUUCAUGGUGCAGCUACCGGAUGGAACCAUGGAGCGCAAGAUGAAGAUGCCACUGAAUGCCGAUCCUGGCGUGCAUUCCAGCUUGAAUCUGGAGCUCCUGGCUCAACAGGCAGCUGGGGGAGGUGGUCUGCAUCCCGUUUCCACCCUGCCCACCAUCACCGAAUCCAAGGUGGUCGAUGUUCAUCGUCAGAAUGGCGCACAAUCCCCUCCAAAUGGCGAUAGCAAUGGGCAGCUGUCUGCUCGCUCGGCACGUCGUCCGCACAGGAACUCCGAGAACUCGGAGAACAGUCCGUAUCACUCGCAGGAUGCCAUGACCAGGAAUGCCUCACAGCCCGCUUUUCUCGCCGGAGAUCAUCAGAGUUUGCCCAAGAAUGGUUCGGUGCCUGCUUUUAAUACGCGGGUGAGGAAGACCUCCGCCUCGGAACGCUAUCAACCUUCACUGGCGGCCAUUAGGGCCUCUUCUCGCGGAGAUUUGGAGGCCGGAGCUGGAGGGGAUUUCGCCUCCUCCAAGUUAUCCCUCUCCCAGCGGGCAGGAGGCAGUCAAACGGGCAGUGGGCGGAUGGUGCGUCCCAUGUCCCGCAAGGAUAUCUUCUACUCGGGAUCCGUGACGAACCUUCCUCAAUAUCAAUCCCAGAAAUCCCUCACCAACUACAGGAACUCUGUGCUCUCCCUCACAAAAUACGAGAAGAGCAUGCAGAGCGUGGCUAAACUAGAUCCUUUAGCCGAGGCGGAGAAGCACCGCGAGGAGUACGACCUGUGUCCCUGCCUAGGAAUCCCCGACUCUGUAAAGUCCGUCAUCAACACCAUGUUGGAUGUGAGCCUCCUCAAGGAUCCCGUCUUUAUGCUGAUAGGAGUUUCCAACAUCUUUGGCAUGGCUGGUCUGUAUGUGCCCUUCGUUUACCUCGUGGAUGCGGCCAAGGAGCAUGAUAUCUCCAAGAACGAUGCCGCCAUGCUGAUCUCCAUCAUCGGGAUAACCAACACAGUGGGUCGUGUGUUCUGCGGAUGGGUUGCUGACCUGCCACAGGUCAACUCGCUGCUGCUAAAUAAUUGUUGCCUGCUAGUAUCCACCAUUGCCGUCACCCUGACUCCUUUGUGCUACAGCUACACGGCCUACAUAAUCAUGUCCAUUUUCUUUGGCCUGGCCAUCUCGGGCUACAUCUCGCUGACGUCAAUUAUCCUGGUCGAUCUGCUCGGCCUGGAGAAGCUAACGAAUGCCUUUGGACUGCUGAUCCUGUUCAGAGGAUUCGCCGCCUUAAUCGGAACGCCUUUGGCGGGAGCCAUCUACGAUCUGACGCACACCUACGACCUGCCUUUUUAUAUGGCCGGUGCUCUGUUCGGCAUCUCGACGAUAACCAGCUUUUUGGCUCCUUGCCUGAAGCGUUGCAGUCCCCAGGAGGAGACUCCCCAGCAUGUGGAGACACUAACUCCGAUCGACGAGGAGCAGGGCGAGGAGGAUGCCGAGGAUGAGGACGAGGAUCAGCCCAUCACCAUUGUGCCCAAGAUCAUCAAGACGCUGGCGAGUCCACAACAAGAGGAGGGACAUCCGCAGUUUCCCUUGUCCCAGAGAUCGACGACUAACGAAUCGAAGCUCUAAAUGAUCAGAUGAAUUUACAGCUAGCGGAGCUCAAAAAGAAGAUCCGGUGAGAUAUUUUUCUAUUUACUUAUACAGCAGAGGAGGAGAUCAGAGAUCGAGCACACCUAUAUACAAACAAAAUCGUGGAGAAGAGAGCCCCCAUACCACAUAUAUACAAUAUAUAUAUAUUUAAGCCUAGGCAAACAGCGGAGGAUGGAGCCAGAAAAUUCACUUUUCUACCCAGGAGCAAGGAGAACUCAACUCAGCUUAGCUUGCGAUAAGAUAUAUCGGCUAUAUAUAUACUACGCUCAUAAAGUAACGAUCGAAAAACUGAUACCGAUCGCUGGUAGAUUGCAACUGUUAUACAGCAACCACAAAACAUAUAUUGUAAAGUAACUUCUAUUAUUAUUACUAUUAUUAUUUGUUUGUUAAACCCUACGAUUACUAUGAUUACCAUUAUGAUUACUAUUAAAGAUUAUUGUGUACUACUACUAUCUA